AUGAACUGUGCCAUCGAGUUGACCAAGGACAUUAAACCCUCCAAAGCCCGGGUCUACCCCAUGAGCCCCCAAGAAAAGACUGUAGAUGCCUCAGAUAAGGCCAUGGGGGGAGCACUCCUUCAAAGGGAUGCUCAGGGGAUACUCCGGCCCUGCGCUUACUUUUCUAAAAAAUUCUCCGGGCCCAAGCUGAACUGGCCAAUUGGUGAGAAAGAGGCCAUGGCGAUUAAAUACGCCCUCAUGAUAUGGCGCCAUUUCAUGGAGGGGGCCGUAGAACCGUUCGAAGUCUGGAUGGACCACCGUAACCUGGAAGCCAUCUUGGGGCAGAGGAAACUUUCUGCCAAACAGCUUAGCCCAAACACAGGAGGAGUGGUCGUGCAAGUUGUGCUGAUGUUCCUCUUUUCUUCUGCUGAUAACGACCUGGUGCUUCGGCAGCUGAUCAGCAGGGUUCUGAACCAGAGGGUGAGGUUAUACCCUGCCUCUGGACGCAUCGACCUCUCCUCUUCCUCCCUGCAAGUCUGCGGGCUACGAUAUAACCAGUCAGCGAUGACAAUGUCAAGAGUAGCCGGUGGCGUCAACAGUCUGGGGCCGGGCGAGUGGCCGUGGCAGGCAAGUCUGCAGCACAACAACAUCCAUCGCUGUGGGGCUACUCUGAUCAGCAACACAUGGCUGGUCUCUGCAGCGCAUUGCUUCAAAGAGGCAAGAGAGCCACAGAAGUGGACGGUCACCUUUGGAACCUAUUUACACCCUCCUCUAAUGGUACGAUUUGUGAAGAACAUUACAGUCCACCAGAAGUACCGCUAUCCAGACUAUGAGCAUGACAUUGCUGUUGUAAAAUUGUCUGAACGCGUGGAGUUUACAAGAGCUGUUCACCACGUUUGCCUUCCGGAUGCAACCGAGGUUUUCCCGUAUAAUAUAGAUGCCGUUGUUACAGGAUGGGGAGCGCUUAGUAACGAUGGUGAAACCCCUAAUGUUCUGCAACAAGCAACAGUGGCGCUCAUAGACUCAGACACAUGCAACAGAAAAGAAGUGUACAAUGGGGCUAUAACACCUGGAAUGCUGUGUGCUGGCUACCUGGAAGGAGGAGUCGAUUCCUGCCAGGGUGAUUCUGGCGGCCCGUUGGUUACUCCUGAUACAAGAGGCAUGUGGUACCUUGUCGGCAUCGUGAGCUGGGGGGAUGAAUGUGGCAAACGCAAUAAACCGGGAGUCUACACUCGGGUGACUUACUAUCGAGACUGGAUUGCUGCCCACACAGGGCUCUAA